AGAAAAAGAAAGAAAAUAUAUAAUGAUUGGAACGCGUGUUCGACACUACCCUGAAUCAUAGCGUGAAAAUAAUUCAUCUUCCAAUUCGAAAUCGCAAAACUAAAGGAGGCACUUAGCUCGCUCUCUGUCUCCUUCUCUCUCUGCAACAAAGAAACGAAGAAACCAAACAAAAAUCCCCAAGAUCGCCAUGACCGAUCACCCACAAUUACCCAUAACAAAUCUCCGGACGACGUCGCAUAUACUGAAAUCUAGCGUCGUUUCAUUCACAAACAAUCUCUUCACAUUUCUUCUUCUCUCUCUCCUUCUUUUCUCUUUUCGUUCUCUCGUCGAAAAUGGGACCCACUUCCUCACCUCUUUUAUCGAUCGCGAUCCUUCCCUUAAAUCCCUCCUCUCCCGUCUCGACCUAGCCGGAAACCAUCACCACCACCACCAUCACCCCGCCCACCACCUCCCUCCUCGCCGCCAUCGCCGUCCAUUUCUCCAUCUUACGCGCGUCGGAACCCUGGAUGACGACUUCUUUUCCGGUGAUGAUGACACCGAUAGGUCAAUCUUUAACCCUAAUAGAAAGCUUUCGCCUAAUGGCAGUUCUGUAAUUCUUUACAAUUUCGAUCCGAAAUUAGGGUUUUCUGAUUUAGUUACGGAUGGCGGAUUAAAAAUUCAUGGAAUGGUGCGUUCCGGGGUUCAAUUAAAAAUUGAGGGUUUACCUAAUAAUUAUAGUGAUGAUAAUGAGAGUGAAAAUAAUGAAAUUGAAGAAGAGGAAAGUGUUGAAAAAGAUGAAGACCUUGAUAGAAUUGUUGAUUUUGAGUUCUUUAUCAAAGGAUUAGAGAUAGGUAGGCGUGAUGCUGCUGCUUUGUUCUUUUUGGUUAGUUUUUUAUCUGCUGCUUACGGUUGGGUGAUUCUUGGUUUCACUGUUAUAUAUUCUUGGAUUUUAGGGGUUGUUUUUGUUGCUGUUGUUUAUAAUUUAUUAGGGAAGUUUAAUUCAUUUGUUGGUGUUAUUUGGGAUGGUUCAAAAUUAGGGUUAAAAAGACUUACUGGUUUUAUCCUUAUGAGGUGGGCUGUUAGAGAUGCUUUAACUCAGCUUAUUGGGUUGUGGUAUUUUGGUGAAAUUGAGGAUCAGUAUUCGUUCUUUAAGCUAUUUGUUAGGUUGAAGUUGAUGCCAUUUUCAAUUAUGUCACCUUGGAUUCGUGGGUUUGAGAAGGAAAUUUCUGGGUUUUUGUUUACUUGGUUUUUGUUGGAUGCGGUCGUGGCCUUCAUAUUUGCGGUGGAUGCUUGGGUUACUAUUGUUGAUUCAAGGAGAACAGGGAGAGAGAUUGUUAGAGAAGGUUGUUAUUUGAUUUCAACAAUGUUUAAUCAGGCUAUUCAGUUAAAAUCAAUGGAGAGUAUACUUUGUGGUUCAGCAGCGAGAUGGGUGUUAACUCGGGUUUUUGGGAAGUUUUUGGCUGCAUUUUUGCAGUCAACUUUGGAGGUUUACUUUAUGGUAGUUUGGUUGAUAUUUUACUUUGCUGCAAGGUGUAAGGAUGCUCAUUCAGAAGGAAGGAGGUUUGGAAGGAGAGAAUUAGAGGGAUUGAUUGAUGGCCUUAGAUGAUAAUCACCCAAUGAGGAAAGAUGAUGAAGACCACUUCCAGGCAACAUCACCUGCAGCCGCUAAAAUAGCGUGUGCAGUGAUCUUUCAGUGCUCGUGUAUUCCUGUUUUAUCCAGUCCCAGUCAAGUCAGCACUGACGUGGGUAGGUGUAAUUGCCAGCUACAUGUUGUAUGUACUUUUUAUCACGAGGCAAUAUACUACUUGUGUAUAUUUUCCAUGAGAAUGCUUCAUGUGUAUAUCUGUUCCACGCAUUAUCACCUUCCAAUAAAUAUUUUGUUACUAAUAACGCUGUAGAUUGAGAAAGGUACUGAUUUACAUCCAUUUGAGCUUUAUGCUAUUUCAUUCCUGAA